CUCUUCUGUGACUUCCGCGGGGUGUUAGAGGCAGGCAGGAAGCGGUGGGCAGGUGGUCUGAAUGGGAAUGUUCUCUUGCGUGAGAGUGGAGUCUCCCAAGGACUUGAGAGCUUCCCUGGCGCCAAGUACAGCUCUCCCGUUAGAGAUGAACGCCCUUGGAAGAAAGAGGGUGUCUGAGGUGAAUCGUCCCCCGAGCAUGGAAUUCGGAAGGACCCAGGAAGGAAAGGAUGAUUCGGGAGACCAGAGGAUCUUUAUGGGAACAAAAUCUCCCACGGAGUUAGGGCUUGAAAUCGGACUAGGAAAAGAAGAUUCCCAGUGGAGGGAGAGCCCUGUAGUUAGCGAUAAAUAUAAGGAAAGGAUGGCAUCACCAGAAACAAAAUCUCCUUUCGGCAAGGAGCUUGAAAUGGGAUUGAAAAAACAGACUAUUUCUAGGACCCUCACGGAAAGGGGCAGUCUAGAGGUCAGCAGGGUCUCAGCUUUAGAGGAAGCGAAACCCCUGGGUGUGUUACCAGGGAGGGGGGUGGGAUUGGAAAAUGAGUGUUGUCUGGCCCGCUGUCCCCAUGGAGGGGUAGCACAGCCUCCCUGGGGCGCGGCGUGUGGAAGUCCACAAGCUUCAGGGAACAGAGGAAGUCGGAUGGCCAGUGGCCCUGAGGGGAUAGAGCCUUCAAUGGGAAAGCAGCCUGUUUUAGGUAUAGAAGGGAGCCAGGAACUGGAGAAAGAACCUACCUGCGUUGUGAUGAAACCCAGCACAGAGGUGAAGCCCCCUGUGGAGGUGGAUAUUGGCCUACCCCACCCUGAGGAGUCAGAUGAAACUAAGAUUACAGAGCCCCAGAUGGGCUUGGUAAUAGAACCUUCCCAGUGCCACUUUGCCCAGCAACCUGAAGAGGCUGGAACUCUCGAACCAGGAGUGGAACCUCCAGGCUGCGUCAGACCCAUAUACUCUGGGAAAUUUGUUGAUCGGAUGCCUUGCUGGCCAACUGCAGGGAAAGUUACUCCAGUUGGUUACAGAGUUGCAACUUGCUUAACUGAAAAACUCCCUAAGCUGAUUACUCCACCGGAGGCAAAAAAGUAUUUCAACUUCCGAUAUCCACCUCCUGGAGCAGAGAGAAUAUUUUAUGGCAAAGCCAAUGAUCCUAAAAUUGCACGCUACUUGACUCAUGGGAUAAGAUCUAAAAUUUCAAUACCGGCAAGUACAUUGAUAAACCCACAGCCUAUUACCACAUUUCAACAGAAAAUUAAAGAUAAGAAAGAGUCUAUCUAUUACAGCAAUCAACGAACACCAUUAGGAAAAUCUCAUGAUCAAACACCAGGAUUACCUAAAGGACUGGACAUCAUCAAGACAACAUUUGGGACAGCAGUCAUCAGAGAAUUCUCUGCCAGAGAUGUAGUGAAUCCACCAAAACCCUCUGACGAAGUAUUUAAAGAAGGAGACAAAGGACAUGAUCUUUAUGUUGUUUCUCACAAUGAUUAUUAUGUGGGAGAAGCAAAGAACCGAAAGUAUAACCCAUCCAGUUUCCAUCGGUUUAACUUAUUUGGAGUCCCUACACCACAUUUUAAUGAUGGAAGAAACAUGGCAAAAAGUUUAUGUUGGCUCCAUGAACUACAAAUGAAAAGAGGAGCUAAAAUUGUAUCCAAGAGAGUUGAUGAUUUCAAAGAAAAGUUUCAACAUAAACUUGGAAGAGUUUUAGAUCCCAUUGCAGAAACAAUGAAUGUUCCCCCAGGCCACACAUUUGGAGCUUGUCUCUCUCCUGAGGAAUAUGGAGCUGGUGAUCUCAUCCAUAAUAGACUCCCAGGCGAGUAUCUUCGAGGGAAGGACAGACAGCGAGCCCUGAUUGCUGCAGUUCGACAUCACUUGAAGAAAUUUAAUUAUCAAAACUUUGACACUUUGCUGGCGGCCUUCAGGCACUAUGACAAGAAGGGAGAUGGGAUGAUAGACAAGGCAGAGCUGCGGGAAGCCUGUGACCAGGCCAACUUGCAUCAUCUAGAUGAGACACUUCUCAGCCAGCUGUUUGACUACUGUGAUGUGGACAAUGAUGGCUUGAUUAACUACCUGGAAUUUGCAAAUUUUCUUAACUGGAAAGACAGUAUGCCUCUUAAAGAGUAUGAAGAGAGGGUCAUUAUUAAAGGUUACCCCAUCUGUGGUGUUCCAACCAUUCGGUCUGAUAUUCCCGCCCCUCGAAUUCGUCGCAUCAGUGAUAGAACUAAUUACGGUGAAGAAGGCAAUGUGUACUGCUUACUACAUCCUACCAUCUUUGCCCAGAAAGGAGUGUUUGAAAGAGACUUCUUCAAGACCAGAUCAAAAGAAGAGAUUGCAGAGAUACUAUGUAACACUGGCGUCAAGCUCUCUGAAGAAGAAUUUGAAAAUGUGUGGAAUCUUGCAUCAAAAAAACAUCAAAGAGGAGAAGUUUGUGUUGAAAACAUCAGAAAUGUUCUAGAUGAGCUACAGCAUGCAGACCAGGUCAAGUGUAAAAAAUCCAUGUGAUGUUUGUGGCAUUCAUGAGUUUAAAUAAAAUAAUUAUUAAAUUGUGUACAACUAAAGUGUUUGCCCAUUCUGAUUUUAGGUAUGUUAAAAUUCAGCAGACAUUCUGUUUGGAUUCAUACACUGAUUACACCUUUGUGUUGUUAAUAAAUUAGAUCUUGGAUUUCAAUAUUUAAAAAAAUGUUUUCUAUAAAUCACCCAAGAACUUGACAAAUGAUUGAAGAGUCAUCCUUCAGCUCUAACAAAGACAGAGUUCAGAGUGAUAUCAGAAGUUAGGUAGUGCUUAGUAGAGUGAAGAAUUCCAUACAUUUUAGUUGGUUGUCUGAAAUUCAGUCUGGCUUGUGAUUUUGAGUUCAUAAAACUUUGCCUUCACCAUUUCAUUAUUAGGGUUCAUUAUGAAAAGACUUAAGCUUUGAAGGUUUUUAGUCUUUAUUAGCGUUUAUUAGGAUCUGAGGAAAAUAAAUUCAAUCACAAGGAUCAGAAUUUAGAUAGCAAAAACUAGACCUCCAACAAUUACAUAAUGACCAUUAAUUCUUUUUUUUUUUUUCGGUACCAGAGAUCGAACUCGGGACCUUGCGCUUGCAAGGCAGGAGGCAGAACCACUGAGCUAAAUCCCUGGCCCUAUGACCAUCAGUUCUUAAUGUCUUUCUAUGGCCAGGAAAUAUGCUACCAUUGAUGUGUCUGAAGAGAAUACACCUGACCCGUCAUUACAUGUAGCUUUAGAGGGUUAUUAAAGCAAAUUGUGCUCAACCAUUGCUUCCCUUAUGCUUUGGCUCUUUGAUGUACAAAUGUGAUGCUGAAGCCAGAUGGGGUGCAAUGCUAUUACUGUAAUACCAGGAGAGUGUAUUUCCCUAUAUCAAACAGGUGCCAGUAUGGGCUGAAUCCACAAGUGAAGUUUUUUUUUAAAAGACACUUUAUCCUCAACUCCUGCAUCUUCACUUUUUGCC